UGGCAAAACGACGCAGACCACAUUGUAACUGCAGGGAGGCAGCACAGAUCGGAGCCACCGGUAAACGGUGAGGAUUAUGACUACAGCUUACCUUAGCACAACUUGAGGGAGCCUCGAAACUACUUAUCUGGACUUUUGCAACAUUGGUAUAAGCGUAGCUGUUGGCUUGAUGUACUGCUUAUAAACCACAGGUGUUCAUAGUGAAGUUUGAAGACUCUGCUCGAAGAUGUCUGUGGUGGGAUUUGAUUUGGGCUUUCAAAGCUGCUAUGUAGCUGUAGCCCGAGCCGGUGGGAUCGAGACCAUCGCGAACGAGUUCAGCGACAGAUGCACGCCGUCAUUCGUCUCAUUUGGACCACGGAAUAGAUCUAUUGGAGCCGCUGCAAAGAGCCAGGUGGUGACCAAUUGUAAGAACACGGUUCAAGGCUUCAAACGGUUCCAUGGCCGAGCCUUCUCCGAUCCCUACGUUCAGUCGACCAAGUCCAACUUGGUGUACGACCUUGCGCAGAUGUCCUCCGGCUCCACUGCUCUUAAGGUGAUGUACAUGGAGGAAGAGAAGUUGUUCAGUGUGGAGCAGGUGACCGGGAUGCUGCUGACCAAGCUGAAGGAGACAGCUGAGAGCGACCUGAAGAAACCAGUGGCUGACUGUGUCAUAUCUGUUCCCUGCUAUUUCACUGACGCAGAGAGGAGGUCUGUCAUGGAUGCCGCCCAGAUCGCCGGCCUCAACUGUUUGCGACUAAUGAACGAGACCACAGCCGUGACUCUGGCUUAUGGCAUCUACAAGCAAGACCUGCCAAGUCCAGAAGAGAAGCCCAGAAUUGUUGUGUUUGUUGACGUGGGCCACUCCGGUUACCAGGUGUCCGUUUGUGCCUUCAACACGGGGAAGCUGAAGAUCCUCGCGACGGCGUUUGAUUCGGAGCUGGGCGGUAAGGACUUUGACAACAUUCUGGUGAGCCACUUCUGCGAGGAAUUUGCCAAGAAGUACAAGAUGGACGUCAGGUCCAAGCCUCGCGCGCUGGUGCGCCUGUACCAGGAGUGCGAGAAGCUCAAGAAGCUGAUGAGCGCCAACUCGUCUGACCUGCCCCUGAACAUCGAGUGCUUCAUGAACGACAUUGAUGUCUCCAGUAAGCUCAACAGGGGUCAGUUUGAGGAGAAGUGCGCGGGGCUGUUGGCCAAAGUGGAGGCCCCCCUGCGCAGCGUCAUGGAACAAGCUAAGUUGAGGAAAGAAGACGUGCACGCUGUUGAGAUUGUUGGCGGCGCCUCCAGAAUUCCCUCCAUCAAAGAGCGGAUCAGCAAGUUCUUUGGCAAAGAGCUGAGCACAACUCUGAAUGCAGACGAGGCCGUGGCCAGAGGCUGCGCCCUGCAGUGUGCCAUCUUGUCCCCGGCCUUCAAAGUCAGAGAGUUCUCCAUCACGGACGUUGUUCCUUAUUCCAUCUCACUUAAAUGGAACUCUGCGGUGGAGGAUGGAGUGAGCGAUUGCGAGGUGUUCCCCAAGAAUCACGCCGCCCCCUUCUCCAAAGUGUUGACCUUCUAUCGGAAGGAGCCCUUCCUCCUGGAAGCCUACUACAACAACCCCAAGGAGCUGUCCUACCCCAACACCUCCAUAGGGCAGUUCAUGAUCCAAAACGUGGUCCCCCAGUCAACCGGCGAGAGUGCCAAGGUGAAGGUCAAAGUUCGAGUCAACAUUCACGGCGUGUUCAGCGUGUCUGGCGCUUCCCUCGUAGAGGUGCUGAAAGUGACAGAUGGAGAGGAGCCCAUGGAGACCGACCAGAUGGUGAAGGAUGAGGAGAACAAAAUGCAAGUAGACCAGGAAGAUCAAAAAGCAGUUCCUGGGGGAGACAAGAAAGGUGACACAGAGGAGAUGGAGACGGCAACAGAGGAAGGCAAGCAGGACAAGAAGAACGAGCCUCAAGCAAAGAAGCCCAAAGUGAAAACAAAGACGGUGGAUCUGCCCAUCCAGCCCAAUUUGUACUGGCAGAUGCCUACCGAUGUGCUAAAUGUGCAUGUGGAGAACGAGGGCAAGAUGAUAAUGCAAGACAAGCUGGAGAAAGAGAGGAACGACUCCAAGAACAACGUGGAGGAGUACGUGUACGAAAUGAGAGACAAGUUGCUCGGCCCCUUGGAGAUGUUUGUCACUGAAGCGGAUCGUGACAUCUUCUCAUUAAAAUUGGAUGACACAGAGACUUGGCUUUAUGAGGAUGGAGAGGAUGAAAAGAAGCAAGUUUACAUUGACAAGCUGGAAGAACUUAAGAAAAUCGGGCAGCCUAUUGUUGAGAGAGCCAUGGAAGCUGAGGAGCGGCCGAGGUCGUUUGAGGAGCUGGGCAGGCAAAUCCAAUUGUACAUGAAGAUCAUCAACGCCUACAAGGCAAAGGACGAGCAAUAUGCACACUUGGACGAGCUGGAAGUGACCCGCCUGGAGAAGCAGGUAAACGACGCCAUGGCAUGGAUGAACAACAAGAUGAACCUGCAAAACAAACAAGACCUCACGCUGAACCCGGUGGUCAAAGUCAGCGAGAUCCAGGCCAAGUGCAAGGAGCUGUACUCAGCAUGCAACCCAGUGUUGUCCAAGCCCAAGCCCAAGGUGGACCCGCCGACGGAGAAGACCGACAACGGGCCCACGACGGAGAGCCAGCCCCCCAACUCAGACAAAAAAACACCCCCAGAAUCGGAGCAGAAAACGGCAGAAAACAAGCUCCCCGAAAUGGACAUUGACUAGGUUUUUGUGCUUUUCGCCCUGAUUACGUUGCACUUGUGAGGAUCCGGCAGCAUUCCCAUAGAAGUACUGCUCAUUAUUGACUGGUUCCAUUUCUUCUGACUACAAAUUAGUUCACCUGUAAUGGUCACGCUGGGAUUUAUGAAUGUUUGCAGUAUACAGUGCGAGUUGAAUCUCGAAUGGCCGGAGUUCAUCCACUUGAUUAUUUUCUGUUUUUGCAUUUAGAUUCAAAAAGACAGAUGUGCUUUGUUCAAAGUUCAAACGACAACCUCUUGCUAUUUCAUUUGUUGUAGGACUUUUCUUAUUCAUUUAGUUGUACGAUUCUUCACUGGUGUUUUUUCUACAUAAUGCUCACCCAGGUGCUGCCAUUGUUGCUUGUCAUUAAAUGGGUAAAAAUAAACAUCAAGGACAUUACAA